UCACAAAACCGAACUAAUCAGCGAUGCGCACGUCGCGAAACGAAUAGAUGCGGGUAGAGCGGCGAAUUAAUAAAAGCUGAGUAGAUUAUUUGAGAUUGCUAGUUUGUAAUAUAAAGCGUACGAUUGCGCGACGAGAGCGCAUCACCGACAGAAAUCUUCGCAAACACAAUCAACAAUUUCGCCGGAAUAAAGUUUCAAAUGAAUAUUAUAUUACGUAGUGGGGAUUACAGUGAAGAGUGUUAUUGUUAUUGUUUGUCUCAAUUGCUUUCGAAAUUCAUUUCAGUUUCAUAAUCCAGAGUGUCAAAGCGAUAUAAAAACAAGAAUUUUAAUAUAUCGCCGUUGAAAGCCAUAAAAUAAAGUUCAAAAAUUAUUAAAUAAUUUGAUUAUUAACCGCGAAAAGAAGCGAGUGCCGAUCAUAUUUUAUAUAUUUCAACUGGAAGUAUCGAGAGAGAUAUCGGCGUGACCUAAAACUAAGAGCACUCGAUGAAGCUCGAUGAAACUACUUGUUGGAUUCAUCGUUGAAGCCUGAAAUUCCGGAAUCGUCGGAAGAAAUAGGACAGCCGUUCCAUUCUGGUCUCACAUGGCAGCGACCGCGGAUAUCGGCGUGUUAAAGGAGAGUGGAUCGAAGGGGGAGAUCGUGACGCAAGCUUCAUCUUUCCAGGAAAAAUAUCACGACGGUAAACGGACGCAAUGGAGACAAUGGCUGGCAUGCAUAUCAGCAACUCUGUCCAUGGUGGCUGUCGGUACCGUUUACGGAUGGACCACCACGUCGCUCUCGCGACUCACAUCCGGCGCCAGCGAUAUACCUGUCAAAAUAACCGACGACGAGAGUUCGUGGAUCGUAUCGCUGACGGUAAUCGGUUCCAUGAUCGGUCCGUUCCUCGGCGCGAGCCUCGCCGAUCGAUACGGCCGUAAGAGAUGUCUUCUGUUCGCCAGCUGCUUCUUCAUCAUCGGUUGGACCAUCGUGUUCUUCGCGCAGAGCGUCGCGGCCCUCUACAUCUCCAGAGUGAUCCUCGGCAUCGGCGUGGGCAUCUCAUACACGACGAAUCCGAUGUACGUGUCGGAGGUCGCUGAUGUCGGAAUCAGGGGCGCCCUCGGCACAUUAAUCGCCGUGAAUGUGUUCACCGGCUCCCUACUGACCUGCAGCAUCGGUCCCUGGGUGUCUUAUCGAGUCUUGGCAGCCAUCCUCCUCGCGGUGCCCAUCCUCUUCGUGGCAUGCUUCUGUUGGUUUCCCGAGACGCCCGCUUUCCUCGCUGCCAGAGGUCGCAAAGCGGAAGCCACCAGAUCCUUGGCGUUCUUCAAGGGAAUUCGCGAUCGCGAAGAAGCGAGAAGAGAACUCGAGCACGCGCUGCGCAGCGUUUUUAUCGAAGACGUUUGUGACAACACCCCGGUAACCGGACCCGGAGCUAGAACCGAACCGGUCAAACGUAGCUGGAUGGCUAAACUAAAAUUGAUGAUGUUACCUAGCAACGCCCGUGCCCUCGGCAUCAUACUCGGCCUGGUAGCAGCGCAGCAGCUCAGCGGAAAUUUCAGUACUAUGCAAUAUCUCGAAGUGCUCUUCAAAAGAGCGGCCACCGGCAUCGAUUCCAAUCUGGCUACGAUACUCGUGCUGGCUGUCGGUCUCGUCGCGGGCGGAUUAUCAACCGCGACCGUCGAGGGCGCGGGUAGACGCCCUCUGCUGGUCGCUUCCACUCUCGGAUCUUCCGUUACUCUGGCGAUCCUGGCGAUAUAUCUCAUGUUGGACGGCAGAGGCGUCGAUGUGUCCGCGGCGAAUCUUCUUCCGGUCAUCGACGUGAUCGCCUUUCAAGUGGCCUUCCAGAUCGGAUUGGGCACGUUGCCAAGCGCGCUCAUCGGCGAAAUGUUCCCCACGGAAGUGAAGGCGUUCGCCGGCGCAGUCAUCACUAUCUUCGACGGUUUGCUCGGUUUUGCUGUCUCCAAGCUAUAUCAAGUAAUCGGUGACUCGUUAGGUGCCGACACUGUCUACUACUUCUUCGCGGUGUCGUGCUUGCUGGCAUUCGUGAUGGUAAUAUUCGUCGUGCCCGAGACGAAGGGCCGGACGUUCCGUGAGAUUCAGGAACUUCUCGCGGGAAAUAGCGAGAAGAAGGCGGAGAUUGGUGAUGGUUCGCAGGAUCAGAGUAACAUAGCGUGACAGAGAGGACCGCGCCGCGCUCCUUUUCCGGACACGGUGCGAACUUAUUCAGCCGACUUAUUCGUCAGACGUUCUUCUCAAGGCGACAUGGACUUUGAAACGACGAUUACUUACUUUUACUUGUAUAUACUUACUCUUACUUGUAGGUUUUUAUGCGUUUUAUGCGAUAAAAAGCGGAGCGCUAAGGCAAAAUCGUCUUUGCGCGGCUUGCGUUCUCUACGAUUUUUCUCGUACCUGCCAUCGGGGAAUAAAGUUAUUAAAAUUGUUUUCACCGCAUAAAUCCAUGCUGACCUCGACAGUUCCAUUCGUGUUCUUUCAAUUGUGAAUAUUUUCCACCAGUAUUUCCAUAAUUUCACUAUUUAUUUAUUAAAACUUCUGUGCGCGAAAUACUGCCUUUAUGAUACGGCUUUUCUUUUUUUUUUCCUCGCGCCGAAUGUUACACAGAUCAGAUAUUUAGCGGGACGUCAGACUUUCUCUCUUUAGAGUUUCUCGUGCAUACAAGAUAAAAUAUUUAAGCAAGGAAAAGUGAGGGAGAGAAAGAAAUGGAAAUAAAAAGGACUGGCAAGUGAAAAUUUCUAGUAAACACCGCAUCUCUUAUACGAGAGCAUAAAAAUCGUAUAAACAGCGGUUAAAUAUUGAAAUGAAGACAGAAAAGGGCGUCUGAAAAAUCACGAAAAUGUUCCGCAGUAAGAAAAAAGGAAAUAAAGAGAAACCAGAGUUGCAGUGUCGUCGACAGAAAAGCGACUUCAAGCUUUUAUAUAUAACUGUUAACUACAUACACAUUUUUUCUGCAUUGUUACAUAUUGAAUAACCGGUAAAACUUGAAUAUAAUUUUUAAUAAUGUUCUUACGAGCCAAACAACCAAGGAAAAGCAACUCGAGGCAACAAUAUUUAUAACUUGACGAGAGUAAUAAAAAAGAAUGAUAGAAAAUAUGUGUGUAGUUACAGAAUAUAUCCGUAAACAUGACGCAAUGAUUUUUUCUGGGUAAAUUUAGAUAAAAGUAAAAAUUUCAAUUUGUGAAACAUCCGGUAUAUAAGGAGUACAAUCCUGGUCUCUCGCAUAGCUCACGGGCAGUGAAUGAAAAACAACGGUCAAGCGCGUAUUCUAAAACAAAGAAUUGGCAGCUAUCAGCUUUCAAACGCGUUUGUUCGUGUAAACAGAAAGAUUAAAAAACAAUACGUACGCUCUUUUGCACGUGAAGUAAAGUUAAAAAAGGACAUUUUGAUAUGGUAGGAUUUUUGCAAUAAAUAUAAUAGUCACUUCUUUGAAUUGACGUCUGAAAUUGCCUUAUGUAUAUAAAGAGAGAAUAAUAUAAAGUUGAUUAAAGAUUGAAAAAAUAUUAACGAAAGAUCAAAGCACGAAGAAAUUGCUUCACUGCGUUGCCUUGUAAAAAGCAAUAAAUAGCGAAAUCAAUGAACGACUGGUUGAAUUCUCAAAGAGCAAGAAAACGUUACGUUAGAUGAUAUCCAUCCGAAAUUUUAUUUCUUCCAUGAUGCGUUAAUAAAGCCAUAGUAGUGCCGCAAUUGACAAUAGACAUUUUAAUUUAUUUCCUCGUAUUCCACGCAGCUGGCGCAUAUUAUUUUGAGCUCGCGAUAUGCGUCGUCCAUUUAUUCAUUAAAUAAAAUAGUGCGACGUAGCUAAAGUAAUUAGUGGACCGGUAAAAAUAAAAAAAAAUAAAAAAAACACGUACGGUAUAAUUAAUCUAAUAUAUGGUGAGACAAGUGCAAAGUAUAUAUUUGUUUGAUCGGAAAAGAUAGAACCUACUUCGGCAAAUGGAAAGAAUAAUUUCUGCCAUCGCUUGCUGAGUACAGAAAUGAUGACAAAGAAUCAUAAAUGUAGCGAGGAGAUGCGGAAUCGUUCGAUAGAGAGCAGAAAACUUCGCGUACACUUUCCGUAUUGCGAGCGGAGCGAGUGGAACCCGUAUAUCGAUAUAACGCAAUUGUUGCAGCCAGCGCUCUUAUGGCGAUGGCAUGCGGCGGAUGGUUUCAUCUUAAAAUGGUCCGUAUCUAGAUCGAUUCGUACUAUCGAAAUGGCGUAUUAUUAAAUUCCGAUUUCUGCAAUAUUUCCCGGAUAUAAAAUCGUACAAAUAAAUUCUACGAAUAAUGAACUGCGACUGCGGGAAAUUGAUGGAAAAAUAAAAAAAAAUAAUCCACAACGAAA